AAUUUUUGAUCCACAAGAAUUACUACUGCAAUAUAACCAAAUUCAUUCUUAUGGUAAUAGUGAGAUUUGUACUUUAGCAAAAUUUUAUGGAAAACCAAAAAAACUUAAUCAAAUUGAAUAUCUGGCACUUAUUGAUAAUAACUCACUAACUAAAGAAUGA